UGGAAGAUCAGGGAUCACAGACUUCAAAAACUUCUCGUCCUGGGAAAGGCUGCCCAUAGUUACUUUAUGGGGCAGCAGCCUGGAAAAGUUCUUGGGGACCAAAGGAGGCCGAGUCUGCCUGCCCUGCACUUUAUUAAAGGAGCAGGGAAGAAGGAGUCAUCGAGGCAUGGGGGCCCACACUGUAACGUCUUCGUCGAACACGAAGCCCUUCAGAGACCGGUAGUGUCAGACUUUGAGCCCCAGGGUCUGAGUGAAGCAGCUCGCUGGAACUCCAAGGAAAACCUUCUGUCCUGUCCUAGUGAAAAUGACCCCCAUCUCUUUGUUGCACUGUAUGAUUUUGUGGCGAGUGGGGACAACACUCUCAGCAUAACUAAAGGUGAAAAGCUCCGAGUCCUGGGCUACAAUCACAAUGGGGAAUGGUGCGAGGCCCAGACGAAGAAUGGACAAGGCUGGGUACCCAGCAACUACAUCACCCCAGUGAAUAGUUUGGAGAAGCAUUCCUGGUAUCACGGACCAGUAUCCCGUAACGCUGCUGAGUACCUUCUGAGUAGCGGUAUCAACGGCAGCUUUCUUGUGCGAGAGAGCGAGAGCAGUCCAGGACAGAGAUCUAUUUCACUGCGAUACGAAGGAAGGGUGUACCACUACAGAAUAAACACUGCGUCUGACGGAAAGCUGUAUGUCUCUUCAGAGAGCCGCUUCAACACCUUAGCAGAGUUGGUCCAUCAUCAUUCAACUGUCGCAGAUGGGCUCAUCACCACGCUGCACUACCCGGCGCCCAAACGCAAUAAGCCCACGAUUUACGGUGUGUCCCCCAACUACGACAAGUGGGAGAUAGAGCGAACUGACAUCACGAUGAAACACAAGCUCGGUGGAGGGCAGUAUGGAGAGGUGUAUGAAGGAGUCUGGAAGAAGUACAACCUCACAGUGGCUGUGAAGACUCUAAAGGAGGAUACCAUGGAGGUGGAAGAGUUCUUGAAAGAAGCCGCAGUAAUGAAGGAGAUCAAGCAUCCGAACUUGGUGCAAUUAUUAGGGGUGUGCACACGGGAACCUCCUUUCUACAUCAUUACGGAGUUCAUGACGUAUGGGAACCUGUUGGAUUAUCUGCGUGAGUGUAACCGGCAGGAGGUGAAUGCCGUGGUGCUACUGUACAUGGCAACUCAGAUCUCCUCAGCCAUGGAGUACCUGGAGAAGAAAAACUUUAUUCACAGGGACCUUGCUGCCAGAAACUGCCUUGUAGGGGAGAACCACUUGGUGAAGGUGGCAGACUUUGGCCUGAGCAGGCUAAUGACAGGGGACACGUACACUGCCCAUGCCGGAGCAAAAUUCCCCAUCAAGUGGACUGCACCAGAAAGCCUGGCCUACAACAAGUUCUCCAUUAAAUCUGACGUCUGGGCCUUUGGUGUUCUGCUGUGGGAAAUUGCAACCUAUGGUAUGUCCCCUUACCCUGGGAUUGACCUGUCUCAAGUCUAUGAGCUGUUGGAGAAAGACUACCGUAUGGAGCGCCCUGAAGGCUGUCCUGAGAAAGUCUAUGAGCUCAUGAGAGCAUGCUGGCAGUGGAGCCCUUCCGAUAGACCCUCCUUUGCAGAGAUCCAUCAGGCCUUUGAAACGAUGUUUCAGGAAUCCAGCAUAUCAGAUGAGGUGGAGAAGGAAUUGGGAAAGAAGGGCAUGAGGAGUGUAGUGAGCAAUUUCCUCCAGGCCCCGGAGUUACCAACCAAAACACGAACAUCAAGGAGAGCUGCUGAAAGCAAAGAUGCCAAUGAGGGCUUGGAGACUGCACAUGCUCGAGGCCAGGGGGAAUGUGACCCUCUGGAUCAUGAACCUGCUAUUUCUCCCUUGCUCCCACGGAAGGAGAGGGUGGCCCUGGAGAGCAGUUUGAAUGAAGACGAGAGGCUCCUUCCGAAGGACAAAAAGCACAACCUCUUCAGUGCCCUUAUCAAGAAGAAGAAGAAGACUGCCCCUACCCCUCCAAAACGGAGCAGUUCCUUCAGAGAGAUGGACGGCCACGCGGACCGCAGGGCGGGUGGGGAGGAGGAGUGCAGGGAGGCCGGCAACGGCGCUUUCAUUGCACCCCCCGCAGAGGCGGCUGACCCCCCCUCCAAGUUUCAGAGCCCAGGCAACGGGGCUGGUGUCACCAACGGGGUUGUCGCUGGGAACUCUGGGUUUUUAUCUCCCCAUUUACGGAAGAAGUCCAGCACGAUGAGCAGCAGUCGAGGGGUGGCUUGUGAAGAGGAGAGUAGUUCCAACUCCAGCAAGCGUUUCUUAAGGUCCUGCUCAGCCUCCUGUGUGCCCCAUGGAGCAAAGGACACGGAAUGGAAAUCUGUGACUCUGCCUCGGGAUUUGCAGUCCACGGGCCGCCAGUUUGAUUCCUCCACUUUCGGGGGGCACAAAAGCGAAAAGCCAGCACUGCCUCGGAAGCGGGCAAACGAGGCCAAGACUGACAUGGCGGUCAGGGGAACAGUGACCCCUCCUCCACGGCUGCUUAAGAAAAAUGAAGAGACCGCUGAUGAUGUGUUCAAAGAUGCAGAGUCGAGCCCCGGCUCCAGCCCUCCCACUCUGACGCCAAAACUUGGCCGUAGGCAACCCGCUGCCCCUCCUUCCUCCAGCGUGCUCCACAAGGAUGACGGAGUCAAAUCCAGUGCCUUAGGUACCACUGUGACGAUGGACCAAGGUUCUGCUGCCAAACCCAACCCUGCCGGCUUCGUGGGUGCCAGCAAGGCUUCCUCUGAGGAGCCGCGACUGAGGAGGCUCAAGCAGACGUCGGAGUCGGCCGGGAAGGACAAAGGGAAGUUAUCGAAGCUGAAACCGGCCCCUCCGCUUCCCCUCUCUUCCUCCGCCGUCGGCAAGCCUGGGAAGGUUUCUCACAGUCCCAGCCACGAAGCAGCAGCAGAUGUGGUGUCUGGGCCGAAAUCCAAACAGUUGACUCAGGUUGGAGAGGCUGCAGGCAGUGAUGCUGUCAAGCCAAACCAGUCAGGGGAAGGUGUGAAAAAGCUGGGGAUCCCCUCUGUACCAAAGCCACAGUCCUCUACAAAGCUGCUGCUGAGCACAGCAACCCCAGCUGCCUCUUCCUCAUCCGUACCCUCCGCCCCAGGCGGGGACCAGCCGUCGUCUACAGCCUUCAUCCCUCUCAUAUCCACCAGGGUCUCGCUGCGGAAGACCCGGCAGCCCCCAGAGAGGAUUGCCAGCGGCACCAUCACUAAAGGGGUGGUGUUGGAGAGCACUGAGGCUCUACGGAUCGCCAUCAGCAAGAACUCUGAACAAAUGGCAAGCCACAGCGCUGUCUUGGAGGCUGGCAAGAACCUCUACACCUUCUGCGUGAGCUACGUGGACUCUAUUCAGCAGAUGAGGAACAAAUUUGCCUUUCGGGAGGCCAUCAAUAAGCUGGAGAAUAACCUACGGGAGCUUCAGAUCUGCCCAGCCACAGCUGGCAGCGGUCCUGCAGCCACCCAGGACUUUAGCAAACUUCUCAGUUCGGUGAAAGAAAUCAGCGACAUUGUUCAGAGGUAG